CUGACUCGUCAAGAGUCUUGCGCUUGUCAAUGGGAGGAGAUACCGACGCCAAGUGUUUGCGAUCGAGAUCCACCGCUCCUGGAAGGUCCUCCGUCACAAGAAAAACUCAUUCAGAUAAUCAACUGCUUUCCAUUCCCAACGCCACGUGGAACACCACAGUCGAGCCCAAAAAUGGUGUGUAAGCAUACUGCAGUGGUAGGGGACGUGGAACAGCAAACCUUCGGUGAUGCUUUCGAGAAACUUGUACAGGUAAAUCUAUGCUUCAAUAUUCAAGUUGGAGCGACUUUUGGCUGA